AAUCUGAUUUUUUUGUAAUAAAAGUUGCCUAUAUAUACAUGCAACAAGAUCAAUUUUGGAGCUCUACAGACUCCAGAGGGCAGAGGCUUACAGAACUGAAGAAAUUUGACUCGCUGCGCACAAUCACAAAAGGGUCACUCUGAAAAGAAAUCAUGUCGCCAGGUUCUUCUGUUGUUUCAGGCCUUCUUGAACCCGAGAUGAAUUUAGCUUUCCAGAAAGUGGGAAAUCCAUCUGGGCAUGGCUUGAUGGAGGGAGGAGUUUUAGAGAACUCGAAAGGUGUCAUUGGUGUUGUUGAUGUUUACUUGCACCAAGCAAGAGAUAUCCAGAACAUUUGCAUUUAUCAUAAGCAAGAUGUGUAUGCAAAAAUCUGUCUGACGGAUGAUCCGGAGAAAAGUGUUUUAACAGAAGUUGUUAAUGGUGGAGGGAGGGAUCCUGUUUUUAAUGAGAAUCUCCAAAUUGAUGUCCGAAGCAUUGAGACGUCUUUGAAAUGUGAGAUAUGGAUGCUUAGUCGGAUCAAGAAUUAUCUUCAAGAUCAGUUAUUGGGGUUUGCAUUGGUUCCUCUAACUGACAUAGUCAUUGAAAAUGGAAAGUUGACGAAAGAAUUUGCGCUCACAUCGGAUGAUAUGUUUCAUUCUCCUACUGGAUGUGUCCUAUUGACUCUGGCUUACAAUGGUGCAUCACCAGAAGUUCUUGAAAUUCCUCCAACUCACUCCUCUUUGACUGUGAGUACAGAUGAACAAGGAAGUAGGGCACUCCGCUCUGUUCCCCGGGAAUUUGAAAUGAUUGAGUUCCUGGACCCAAAGAUUGCAAAGGAGAAUGAAAUGAUGGUUACGGAGUAUUAUGCUAUCCCAUGUGUGAACCUGGACUCUGAGGACCCGAAGAGUAUUGACAACAUUAUUCCUGAUAAAGGUAUUCAUCCAGAGAUUGAUGCUUCAGGUCUGGCAGUAGACAGUAACGAGGUUACUGAAAUUUCAAAGGUUCAAGCAUCCCUAAGCAGCGUGUCAAUCAAUGAGUCUCCUUCAGGCCCAGUAGUAACAAACUCUUCAUCUCCUUCACUCUCAAUUGUGACAAGCUCUGCAUCUGCUUGUGACACUCCUGGAGUUUUGAAAUACGUUAAUCAGGAGGAGAUUGCACCUGAGGAAAAGAGGGAGGAUGCUGCAAAGGUUUCAGAAUUUGUGAAGCGCAAUGGCAAUGUGGUUUCACCUGAAGAGAUGACACAAGCAAAGUUUUCACAAUCUGUGAACAAGGACGUGGUAUCAACCGGUGAGAAGACUGAGGAUGUUGCAAAAACUUCGGACUUUGUGAAUCAGGAUGUGGUUUCACUCAGUGAGAAGAAGACAGAGGAUGUCGGAAAAGCACCUGUAUUCGACUUUACCUUGCCUGUAUUCGACUUUUCCAAGCCACUUAUCAGCGUGAACAUAAAACCAGAAGAGGUGGCGCAACAAGAUUACAUCGACCUAUACAUGAGCAGCAUGCAGCAAUUCACUGAAUCUCUGGGACAAGGACAGAUGAAUCUGCCAAUGCCAAUGGUAGCUCUGCCAAAGGAGAAAGACGGGAAAGACCCAGCUAAGAAGGGACAAACAUCAAAAAAUAGUGGUCCAAGGCCGAAAGUAUUUUAUGGAAGCAGAGCAUUUUUCUAAGUUGGUUGUGAAGCAUAGUUCUUCUGAAUUGCUAUUUGAUAUGUUCAGCAGAAACUACCCCUACUUUGCUUAAUAUUUCUAUGUUGGAUGUUAUGGUUUCAAACUUUUCGUACUACAUAAAACUUUUAGUACCUGAGUAUUUCAUCCAGUUUAUUUCAA